AUGGGGACAACUCUAAUCAAGAAAAUGCUUUGUAAGAAAAGAGUACUUAUUGUUCUUGAUGAUGUAAAUAAUGAUGAUCAGUUGAAAGCUUUAUGCGGAAAUCAUGAAUGGUUUGGUCGAGGUAGUAGAAUACUCAUCACUACUAGAGAUGAACGGCUACUCAAGAUCCUUGGAGUGGAAGAUCAUAAGAUAUACAACAUGAAAGAAAUGAAUGAUAGUGAAUCUCUUGAGCUUUUUAGUUGGCAUGCGUUUAAGCAACGAUUCCCUAAAAGAGAUUGUGUUGAAUUUUCAAGGAGGAUAGUUUCUUACUCAGGAGGUUUACCGCUAGCUCUUGAAGUUCUUGGCUCCUAUUUAUUUGAUAGGGAAGCAUUGAUAUGGGACAGUGUUCUAGAGAAACUACAACAAAUUCCAAAUGAUAAAAUACAUGAAAAGCUAAAAAUAAGUUAUGAGGGUUUGAGUGACCAAACAGAGAAAGAUAUAUUUCUUGAUGUAUGUUGUUUUUUUAUUGGGAAGGACAAAAGUUAUGCUACACAAAUAUUAAAUGGUUGUGGACUUAAUGCUGAUAUUGGAAUUAUUCGUCUGGUAGAGAGGAGCCUCAUAAAAGUUGGCAAGAAAAAUAAGCUUGAUAUGCAUGACUUACUACGUGAUAUGGGAAGACAUAUCAUUCGUGAGCACUCACCAGAGGAUCCUGAGAAGCGGAGCAGAUUAUGGUCUCAUGAUGAUGUGCUAGAUGUGCUAAGAAAUUGCACGGGAACAAUAGCGAUUAAGGGAUUGGCUUUAAACAUGUCAGCAAACAAUUAG